CACACACACACACAGCAGGGUCCCACUACAGGCUGGCCGGAACGGAGUCUUAUAUACACCUCAGCGCCAUCCACACAUCGGCCCGCGGGACGCGUCGCACUCUCCGCCCGGGAUGGAGCAGGACGCAUCGGAGCCGGACCCGUCCCGCCAGCGCAACGGGUUCGUGGGCACGCUGUACGGGGAGUUCACCGACACGCUCGACGACAGUCUCCGGUUCUCCGUGAGCCUGACGGAGAGCGCCCUGACCAUCCGGAGGAUCUCCUCGUCGCCCGGCCGGACGAAGGUGGUUUUUGACUUGACCGACUGCGUCGGCUGCCGGGCGCACAGGGGGCCGGACGGCGCGGACGUCGGCGCCUACUUCACAGCCUACUUCUACCCCUUCAAGAGGCGCUGGAUGGCCGCCGGGGUGGCCCGGCAGAGGGUGGAGCAGGGCUUUCGGGUCGCGCUGGCCCGGGAGCCGCUCGCCAACCUCCAGGAGGCUGAGAGGUGGGCUCGUGCCAUCAGAGAGGCUUCGGGGAUGCAGGCGCCCCGGAGAGACGGUGUGACGUACAUGGAGGUGCGUCGGCCGUGUCGAGUCAUGAUCCUCGUGAACCCUCACAGCGGGCGCGGGCAGGCUCUGCAGCUCUUCACCGGCCACGUGCAGGGCAUGCUCACCGAGGCCACCGUCCCCUACACACUCGUCACAACAGAGCACCAGAACCACGCGCGGGAGCUGGUGCGGAAGGCAGACCUGUCACAGUGGGACGCCCUGGUUAUCAUGUCCGGAGACGGGCUGCUGUUUGAGGUGAUAAAUGGUCUGAUGGAGCGAGAGGACUGGCAAGAGGCCAUCCAGACCCCUCUGGGUAUUCUACCAGGUGGCUCGGGCAAUGCCCUGGCGGCCUCUGUCCACCACUACUCACAGUCGCCUCCAGCAUGGAACGAAGAGCUGCUGUUGAGCUGUGGCUUCAUGUUGUGCAAAGGUCUGGUCGGCUCCUUGGACCUGGUGUCGAUCCACUUGGCCUCUCGGCAGCGCCUCUUCUCGUUCCUCUCCCUGGCCUGGGGCUUCGUGGCGGAUGUGGACAUCGAGAGUGAGAAGUACCGCCAUGUCGGCGCCAUCCGCUUCCUGAUGGGCACCCUGGUGCGUCUGGCCUCCCUGCGAGUCUAUCAGGGCAAGUUGGCGUAUCUGCCUGUUGAGGAGCCCCCUAGACCUCCAAAGGGGAGCGUAAAGACUAGCCAACCUCCCUCCACGCCUCAGCACCCCUCGCUCUGCUCCUCCCUCCCCUGUCAGCUCAUCCCCGACCCCUCUCCGAAUCAGAACUCUCCUCACAACCGUAUCACGACAAACUGCAACCACAACACCGUCACUAACUCUUCCAACAACCCCGUCACCACCACCAAGAGACCCGAGACCCAGGGUGGUGGCAAGUCCAUGACCCUGGUGGACUCGCUUCUCCCUGGCCUGGACCAGCCGGUCCCAGAGAGCUGGACUGUAGUCAAGGAGGAGGACUUUGUCUUGGUGCUGGCUGUUUACCAGUCGCACCUUGCUGAGGACCUCUGGACGGUCCCUGGUGCGAUGGCAGAUGACGGGCUGAUUCAUCUGUUCUACGUGACAGCGGGAAUCUCGCGCCCCGCCCUCCUGCGCCUUUUCCUUGCCAUGGAGAAGGGCGCCCACUUGGCGUGCGGCUGCCCCUACCUGGUGCACGAGAAGGUGAAGGCCCUGCGGCUGGAGCCCAUCUCUCCGCAAGGCGUGAUCACUGUGGACGGAGAGAUGGUGGAAUACGGGCCAGUCCAGGCUCAAAUCCACCCGGGACUGGCCAGACUCAUAUGUGGAUGAAACCUGGAUUAUGUUAAUCUUUUUUUUUUUCUGGUAGUAGAGCUUUCUAGUUUGGCCUUUUUAUACUCAGUGUUGAUUUCUCUGUGUUUGUGAUGUGUUUUCAGAAGUGCCAAAGACAUUUUAUCAGCCUCUGGAAAUUCUUCUAUUUUUCUACGGACGCAACGUGUGCUCUCAAUGUUUGAUUCAGAGCUAAAGCCAUGGUUGGUGCUGGCUGGUCCCAGCUUAGAAAAGGAGAGAGGGAUUGUGUGUGUGCGUGUGUGUGCGUGUGUGUGCGUGUGUGUGAGUGUGUGCAUAAGAGAGAGGUCUUUCUGUAUGUAUGUGAGCUUGUGGAGGAGCACAUAGCUGAGGAGUGCAUUGUUCAUGCCGCUGUCGGACCUCAUAAGCAUGACACACGUGAAGAGAAGCACAUUUGCCCUGUCCUGGGAUGCUCCUGGAGAAACCACGCCCCUUGCCCCACUGUACUACACCAGGCUGCCAAAUCUCCCCCCUGGGCGAGCGCUCUAACAGCAUCACCUCCCCCUCGGCCUGGUAAAGAGGAGCUUUCUUACUGAGGAGGACUAAAUCCCCUGGGGAUUUGAUGUUGACAUAUCUUUAAUCUUUGCGUAGAUUUUAUUUGUUAAAGAAGAAAAAAUACCAGAUCUGGCCAUACUAAGCAUUAGCAACGCGCGCACCCGUGCAAACUUUCUCCAGCUUCUGAUGCAUGGAGUGCCGGUGUGGACGGUAACCUGGCCAGCUGAGCUUACACCUCCACCAACGCCCGAUCCAUUUCCUGUCCUGUCCGCUCUCUUACCCUGGUUGAUCUGCAACCAUCAUCAAACUGUAGGAACUGCUUGCACUCGCACACAAACACGCACACACACACACACACACACACACACACACACACACACACACACACACACACACACACUUUCUUCUCCCCACCCCCUCCUCUUAUGCACAGAUCCUCACAUACAUAUACACACUCAUUCCCUUGCAUCUCUGCAGCACUUAGUGGGGGGGAGGGGCACGAUCUGCUGGUGUGCAUAUGAUCCCCUCUCCUCUUGCCAUCUUAAGAUUGUACUCUCUCUCUCUCUCUCCCUCCCUCGGUUAAUGAGCCAUCAGCACCAAAUGUGUCCUUAAUAUCAAGCUUUACAUCUGCGAAAGCGUGCAAAAUAAAGUUGGAGAAAAAAUAUUGCUGUGAAAGCCUUUAAGUGAGUUUCAAACACGUAUUAGACCGGUUGAAUCCCACUGAAGUGGACGGAGCGAGGCUCCACACAGGGGGUCAUUCAGCGAUUGCAUGUUGAGAGGCAUGCGAUCAAUGUGAGUCAAGUGUUCUCCUCCACCGUGUGGCCUUUUCGCUGGCUGUCGGUGACGAGCAUUAGUGCACUGGGGCAGAGGAGAGUGCAGGUGUUAGCAUUAUCAGUGCCCCCCCCCCCCUCUCUCUCUCCCUCCUCUCUCUCUCUCUCUCUCACACACACACACACACAAACACACACACACACACACACACACACACACACACACACACACACACUCUCUCACAUACACUAGUUUAUUUCAGGUCACGAUGGACCAGAGCUGUUACACCCACAGGUGAUGCAUCAGCUGAAAUUCACCACUUACAGAGCGGGCCAACUAACCAUAUUCUUAAAUAUAUAUAUAAAAAAAGAAUAAGAGAUCAUUCUAUGUUAAUGCUGGUGCUAAAAGUUAAAAGUACAACAUUGACCGGCUGGUUUUUAGAGAAAUGCUGAUUGAAAGCUUUUCAAUGUUUUGAUGAAUGCAUCACUGUCAUCCCUGUUGCAAUAUAGUCCACGACUGGUAGCACACAUUCUUUUCCUCCUGCUUUUUCUGGAGCUUUUGAAGGAAACGAGUGAUUAGCUUCCAUUGAAAGAAGCAUAUAAUGCAAACAGAAAGAUGCUUUCUUUAGGCUCAGUAUUUGAAUUAUUGGGGUAUGGUUAGGGGGUUAACUUUACCUAGCAACAUUCAUAUUUCCUUCUUCCCUUUGACUCCCAUUUGUUAAAUUUAUACUGGGUAAUCAACAAUAUAUAUUUUUGAAUCUUUCUUAGUGAAUCAACAAUAAAAGAGUAACUUAUGAUUGAUAUGGAUUUUUCAGGACUUCAUGUGCAACACAGUUGUGCAUUAAUAAUAAAAGGCCUGCACUACCAGGCUGUUUUCAUUAUGCACGUUGAAAGAAAUGCGGGUCAUCCCGUACGGUUAUGGCACGGUCACCGACGUGUGACAACCAAGUAGAGGAGACAUCCAGCUAUCCUUUUUUAGACUUAAAAACUCCAUAUGCACAUUCACGAUGUCGAAAUUUUACCCAUUAUGCAAGAAGAAAAGUGAACCAAAUAAAGUGAUAUAUCGCUACGCACAUAGAUACAUAUGUACAUAGGCGCUUCUUAAAACUGGCUGAAUGUGUUGAGAGAAAAAAAUUGAUCAAAAAAAGAGGACUGUUGUCUACUGCACAUGGCAAAGUGCACUCAUAUUGACACCAAAGCCAACGUUGAUCUUUUUUUUUAAUGCAUAACUUUUAUUAACUUUACAGUAAAUACCCCAAAUGAAGGAUGGACUCAAUUAGAAAAAGUAAUUAAACAAAUAGGCCUUUCAGCAACCAGGAAAAAAUACAUGGCCAUCCCCCCUGCUUGACCCCGUCUCUCCCCACUAAUUUUUUCAUACAGUCCCUUCACAAACUGCUAUGUACUUGAAGUUGACCCGAGUCAACAUCUUUCAAAUCGGGGUUAUCAUUUUCACUGCAGUGCCGACUUUUUGCCUAUAUUACUUGAUCUUUACGUUCUUGUUCUGACAUUUACAUACAUACUGUAUAUGAUACAGUCACAUCUGUGACUGACGUGCAACAUGCUGUUCCUUCUACCAUCACUGUAUCGUCAGAGGAGUCGUCCAGGUGCUUCGAAUGCAGAAUGCUGUUCUGCACUCGUGAACCUGCAGCUGCACACGUGCACUGUUAAAUUCAUAAAGAACAUCAUGUAAGGGCAGAGAUAAGCUAUGCAAAGGCCCAGUCAUGGUUGCAGUCAUCUGGAGUGAGGGCUCCCUCUGCUGGACAGCCUCGUACCCUAUACUCGUUGAACAACUGGAUUACAUCGACAUUAAACAAUGCAUCCUCUUCAAACAGCCACACCCCUGUCCUGCUUUUCAUUUCUGGCAUGUUAUAAUUGAUAAUAAGAGCAAUUGACUUAAUUCUUGCAUACAAAAAGAGUUUCAAAAUAUAGUCCAUGUCAACAUCUUGGUGUAGGCCGUCGUAACACUACAGUUAAUGUGUGGUACGAUACUGUUGAAUUGUUGUAUUCCACUGGCUGCUUCAAUGCAAAAGCAACCUUAACCUUCUUGACACAAAUGUUAAUAUUUGUCUUGUACAAUAUUGUCAUUUUUUUUUUACAUGAACAAUGAAUGAACUACAAUGGUGCAGGCCUCGUCGUGAGAAGCCAAUGAUGUUCUUGGGACCCCCUAAGAAUGGGACGACUGUGUUGUGCUAUUUGUAUUCUUGUCAUCAAAAAGCCUCACAUCAUGAUUUACAGAUAUGCGGAGAAUGUUUCAUUCAUUGUUUUGUCAUGUGGUGAUGCAAACUGGCAUACGGUGCAGUAGAUCAGGGGAUUCGUGUGGUAUCACUGAAUGUGCUACACCGUCUGUGUUAGUGGGGGAAAAGAAUACUGCUCUGUAAAUUGUCUGCUACGUAUAUUUCCAGCGUUUCACUUUGAAGUAAGUUGAAAGAGGGAGAAUCGUUUCUCCAGAAAGUGCCUUAGCCAUUGUUCAAGAUAGGUGGUGCACAGCAAAAAAAAAAGAGAGAAUAUGCUAUUCUCUACUUUAUGAUAAUUCUGUAUGAUCUGUGAAGUUUUUUCGUAGAGAGGUUUAAACGAUUUAAAGGUUUAACACCCAUAUACGGUUCUUCUCACACUCGUUGAACUGGCUGUUGACCACCAGGCAUUAAUCAUCUCAUUUGAUUUCAUUGUAGACUUCUUCUUUUUUUUUUAUAAAUACCUUCAUAUAGAAAACA